AUGUUUGAGAAUUUAGAGUUGCAGCCUAGUGAGUUGGAGGAGGCGAGGGUUUUCUGGGUAAAGGAGACUCAGGCGGAGUAUUUCUCAGAGGAUCUCAGGAGGCUGAGGGAGUCGAAGAGUGUGGCUCGUGGGAGUCAGUUGUUUCGACUGGUGCCUUUUUUGGAUGCUGACGGUGUCAUGCGUCUCACUGGGAGGCUGCACAAAUCUGCACUUGAGGUUGACUUCAAACAUCCUGGGAUUUUGUCGUCUGAUUCCAGGUUCACGGAGCUGGUGCUGAGGCAGGCACAUCAUGGUUCGUAUCAUGGCGGUGUUCAGCUGAUGCUUGCUACGCUGAAGAGAAGGUACUGGAUCCUUGGAGGCAGAAGAGUUGUUAAGGCUCUUAUAUAUCGCUGUGUCACGUGCGCAAGAUUUCGAGGAGUGGCUGCUAAGCAGCUCAUGGGGCAGUUGCCACGGAGGAGGAUCACGUCAGCACGUCUUUUCUUGCAUUGUGGUAUUGACUAUGCUGGGCCUCUAAUGCUGCCGAAAUGGAGGGGUCGAGGAGCUAAAACCUACAAGGGUUUUAUGGUCGUUUUUGUCUGUUUUACAACAUCGGCAGUACACAUUGAGCUUGCGACUGAUUAUAGUACUGAGGCCUUUCUAGCUUGCUUCAAGAGAUUCACGGCUAGGAGAGGAAUCUGCGAGACAAUAACGAGUGACCAGAGCAUCAAUUUGGUGGGACCCGACAGAGAACUCAGAAGUUUGUUUGAUGCUGCUGGAAAUCAGGCACAGACAAUUGCUCAUCCACUGGCUCAGGAUGGUACCAAGUGGAUUUUUAAUCCGCCAGGAGCUCCUCAUCAUGGAGGAAAGUGGGAAGCAGCACUUAAAUCAGCGAAAGUCCAUCUGAAGAGGGUAAUCGGCGAUGCUACGCUAACUUAUGAGGAGUUGUUCACCCUGUUGACUCAGGUUGAAGCUAUCUUGAAUUCAAGACCGUUGUGUGAGUUGGCUGAUGAUCCAGAUGAAUUUGCUGUGCUCACUCCUGGGCAUUUCAUCAUUGGUUCUGCCUUGUCCACGGUUCCUGAGCCUUCGCUGUUACAUCUUCCUGUUUCGAGAUUGUCAAGAUAUCAGUUGAUCCGGCAAAUGGUGGGACGAUUCUGGGAACUUUGGUGUAUUACGUACCUCCAGAAGCUUCAGAGUUUCAGUAAGUGGCAGAAGGACCAACCUAAUCUGCAGCUGGGAUCAUCAGUGCUCAUCGUUGACGAGAGGCUUCCACCUACGAAGUGGCCUAUGGGGAGAAUCACGCAGCUUCACUUGGGGAAGGAUGGUCUGUGUCGAGUGGUCACAGUUGAAACCCAAGCUUCUGUCUUUACUCGGCCUGUGACGAAGGUGUGCCCUCUGCCUGUGGAGACAGCUUCAGCUGGAGAUGCUGGAGGAGUUUGA